CAGGCCUCGAACCCACAGGCGCAGUAGGCAGUUACUGAGCGCGUGCUGUGUCGGGAGGCAGCGACGAACUACACUUCCCAAAGCGCUUAAGCAACAGAAAUGACGUAAAGAGCAGACGGAGUUGGAGGGUUCGGGGUUAACUGCUCUUUUUACUUUAAGAUCGGGGCCUGCCGGCACGGGGACCGGUGCUCCCGGCUUCACAACAAACCGACUUUCAGCCAGGUUCCUCCCCCUCCUUCAGUCCCUUCUCCCAGGAUCUUGGCCACGCCCCCGUACGUACAAAUUAACACCGCUGGGCUGUCCCUGACUGCUAGGUGUCUCUUCUGGUUUCCUUAGGGGCAAGCAUCGCUGAUGCACUCAAGAUGCUUAGGCUUCUUCUCUGUUGCCAAGUGUCACCCCUCAACCGUCAUACCUCACCUCACCCCUUUGCAUGAGUUCAGGCCCCGCCCCCUUUAAAUUCUGUUCAGACCAUAGUGCUGCUCAACCUGUACCAGAAUCCUCAGAACACCGCCCAAACCGCAGACGGAUCGCACUGUCACGUGAGCGACGUGGAGGUGCAAGAACACUAUGAUAACUUCUUCGAGGAGGUGUUCACGGAGCUGCAGGAGAAGUACGGGGAGAUUGAAGAGAUGAAUGUGUGCGACAACCUGGGGGACCACCUCGUGGGCAAUGUCUAUGUCAAGUUUCGGCGUGAGGAGGAUGCAGAGCGUGCAGUGGCUGAGCUCAAUAACCGCUGGUUCAACGGGCAGGCUGUGCAUGCCGAGCUGUCUCCUGUCACCGACUUUCGGGAGUCAUGCUGCCGGCAGUAUGAAAUGGGGGAAUGUACCCGCGGUGGCUUCUGCAACUUCAUGCACCUGCGGCCCAUCUCCCGUAACCUCCGACGUCAGCUGUAUGGGCGGGGACCCAGGCACAGACUUGCUCUGAGCACCAUCCAAAGACCAGCGCCUGAGUCUCAACCCCCAAACCAGCUGGAACCCCAAAGCCCCAAACCCAAGACCAGUCUGGAUCUCCAGUCCCGAGAUUGGUCCCUGAGAACCCCUCCUGAUACCACUCAGCAACUCUGGUUACCUGCCCCAUCCCAGAGCAGAGAGGCAGAGCCGGGGAACAGUGCCUCACUCCUUCCAGCUCUAACCCUCAUCUCUCCACUCCUGUCCCCAGGUCACCCCCGAGGUCCCACACCGGCCACCGUCCCCGAGAAAGAAACCGACGACAUUCCCCAGACCACCGGCAUGGCCGCUUCUGAGACCCUGGCUCCCUUGACCUCCACCCCUGACAGGCUUAAAUGUUCCCAGCCAGAACCUCUCCUUAAAGCUCCCUUAACUCCCCAGCUCCAUCUUCCCCAGGCUCCUGGGCUCCAUGAUGUAUCUGUUCAAUACAGGGAUCUUCUCUUAACCACCCCUCCCCUAAUAAAGCUCUGUAUUGAGGGUUUAGAACCUAUUAGCUUGAGCCUAGCUGUGGGCUGGAGUUUCCUUCCACCCCCGCAUCUCCUCACGAAAGGGGAAGCGGGCUGGUCUCCGGCCACAACUUCUGCUGAAGAACUUCCAACAACAGGUGGGAGAGCAGUAGGCUCAGGCCCAGGGCUCUAGAAA